AUGCGAGGUAAGCUAAGAAGGAACGACAAUCUAACAUCGGAGAAAACCUUAUUCAAACAGACUUUGUCCAACUUGAGGCAGAUUAUACUGUGUUCGAAUGCAACGCCGAUACGACGCAGCAUCGGACGAAAAUAUCUUUGCUCCUUCUGUACAGAACGCUUUCCAUCUCCAGCUGAAUUGAAAGAACAUAAUCUAAACGAACACUUCAAAGAUUUAGCCACGAAAGAGAGGAAAGUAAUUGACGAAAUCGUAAAGUGCAUACCGAGGACUGGUAAAUCAAAAACCAGCAUUAAACUCGACAUAACAUCUUUUACCUGUACAUUAUGCGGUAGUCCUAUCAACGAUAUUGCAGAGUUAUAUAAACAUUUGAAAUCUACCCACAAUGGACUGUUACAUACGGAUAUAAAGAACCUAAUGAUACAAUUCAAAUUUGACAGCGACCAGCUAAGCUGCUACGUUUGUUCGAAGGAAUUCUCAGCUUUCUCCUGUUUAGUGGAACAUAUGAACACCCAUGUUACUAACUACAAAUGUAACGAGUGUCCUUCAGCGUUUGUCGUCUGGGAUCGGUUGAAAGACCACCAGAAAAAGACACACAAUGUGGGUAGUUUCAAAUGUACCCUCUGCCUUAAAGUGUUCAAGACCAAAACGAAGCUGUAUUUACAUGGACGCAAUGUUCACAAGAAGGGGGAGACGAAAUGCAACCACUGCGGCGAGGCUUUCCCCACGCGAUGGGAGAAACAGAAGCACGAAUUGAAGCAACACGACGUGUCUGUCGCGAUCUUCAAGAAGGUGAAGUGCGACGCCUGCGAGCGGGAGUUUAAUAACGUCGGGUCAUAUAACGCGCAUUUCCGAAGAUUCCAUUUAAUGGAGAGGUCUCACAAAUGCGACCGUUGCGAUAUGACGUUCUUCGAGUCGCGGGAUUUGAAGCGGCACUUGGUGAAGCAUGGUGAAGAGAAGAAGUUUGUGUGUGACUUCUGUUCGAAAGCUUUCAAGUGGAAAAGGAUACUACGCGAACAUUUGCGGAUCCAUACGGAUGAUAGGAGGUUUAAGUGUAAACGCUGCGGGCUGGGGUUCGUACAGAAGAUAACCUGGCGUGGUCACAUGCGAACGAAGCAUGGAGAAAUGGUAUAG